AUGUCCGACGGCGCGCCGUUCCCCUGGCUGGAUAUGGCCUGCACCCUCGCCCUGGUCGGCGGCGGCGUGUUCGGAAUGGAGAUGUGGGCGCGCUGGGCUCACAAGGCGCUGUGGCACGACUUUGAGCCCGGGUGGUCGCUGCACAAGAGCCACCACGAGCCGCGCGUCGGGCCAUUUGAGGCCAACGAUGUCUAUGCGCUGGUCAACGCCAUCCCCGCCAUGGGCCUGUGCCUCUACGGCUUCAUCACGCCCUCCCUGGCCGGCAGCCUGUGCUUCGGCGCGGGGCUGGGCAUCACGCUCUUCGGCAUCAUGUACAUGUUCAUCCACGACGGCCUCGUGCACCGCCGCUUCCCUGUGGGCCCCAUCGCGGACCUGCCCUCUAUGAAGCGCAUCGUCGUGGCCCACCGCAUCCACCACACCGAGAAGUAUGGCGGCGUGCCCUUCGGCAUGUUCUUUGGCCCGCAGGAGCUGGAGGCCAUCGGUGCUGGCCCCGAGCUGGACCGGCUCGUUGCUGAGGCGGAGGCCGCCAGCAAGCGGGCCGCCGCGGCCGGCAGCAGCAGCAAGUGA